GACGCCCCCGGCGCGCGGAGCAUGCGCCGCACGCUCCUGACGCCCUGCGGGACGCGGAAGUCGAGCGGUGCCAGCUCGAGCGCCGGCGGCCAGUUGUUAUGUGAACGUGACCCGUCCCCGCUCCGCCGGCAUGGAGCAGGACCGCGGUCGCCGGCACCCCAAGCUGCUGUGGGCUGCGCAUGCGCGUUUCCGGGAGCAGCUGUUCGAGGCAGCCGAGGCGCUGUACAGCCGCUUUAUCGCGGACUGCGCAUGCGCAGCCGGGGGCUCCUCCCGCUCCAGCGAAUGUGCUGCUCGAGACCUUGCGACCGCAUUUAAUAACCGGGGACAGAUCAAGUACUUAAGAGUUGACUUCUAUGAGGCGAUGGAUGACUACACCUCAGCCAUUCAAACACAACCAGACUUUGAAAUUCCGUAUUAUAACAGAGGAUUAAUAUUGUAUAGGCUAGGGCACUUUGAUGAGGCACUGAAAGAUUUCAAGACGGUUUUAGAUUUAAACCCUGGGUUUGAAGAUGCCUCCUUGAGUCUAAAACAGACUAUUCUUGACAAAGAGGAAAAACAAAAGAGAACUUAUUAAUUGAUCAACUGAAUACAUAAAAAUAUUUUUCCUGACUCUUGGUUGUCUUCAGUUCAUUUCAGUUGUUGAGGAAAGCGAUACAAAAUAAUUUACGUGUGAUUUGUCCUGCUCUGGUUUGUAAGUUCUUGAUUGUCUUGGAUAAAUAAUCAAAGUAGGUAUCUCAUAAUUGCAGAAUAAAUUAUUAUUUUAAAUCGUUAUGUAAUGUUGAACAAAAGGACAGCAUUAAAUCUGUCUAAGAUGCUGGUCAUUUUAUGUUGAAAUCUUUUAUAACAUAUACAGGGCUACUGGAAGUUCAGUAACCACAACUAAAAUCCUCGCUUUAAAGAGAUAUCUAGGUACUUUUGCAGAUUUAUUUAGACAGUCUUAAGUGCAGAAAAUAAUCAAAAUAUAUGGUAGGUUUCAGUUCAGGUAUUGAAACAUGAAAUAACAAUUUAUCUUAACAAUAAUGACACUCACAGCCUAUAUAUACAGAAGAGUAGAAGUCAGACUGAAGGAUAUACGUACGUUUUUAGGGUAUUCAACAAUCUUAGCGCUUUUUUUGUACUUGAAAAUUAAUUUGAAUUAACUCCUUACAGCAGUGUGUCUAAUGCCCGGUUAUAUGGUUGGUGAUGGAUAUUUUUUAAGAGUUUAGCCUUAGGUUUUUUACUUCACUAAAAUUGUUUUAUAGUCUAUUAGAAGGUUGCCUGUUAAUGUCAAAUAUACUGAUUGCAAAACUAAUGGAUGAAAGUAUAGAAACAAGUGUUUUAUUUUUUAUGACGGAAUGAGUAGUAAGCAGAUGCAUGCUUUUAAAUUUAGUAUGAUCUGCAAGAAGCCUCAAGAUUUGACUUGCUUAUGGUAAUUAUUGUGAGGUUUUUUUCUGUUUAUUGAAAAAGUCAGUAUAUUAAAUAAAAAUCUGCAUGAUGACACAUCUUUGU